AUGAGCUUCUUCGCUCUACGCAACUAUCUUGACUCUAUGAGAGUGAAGGGGGCUGGAUUUUUUGGCAGAAAGGGCUGGGGAUCCUUGGAAAAGUGGAAAUACGAACGAUAUAACAUGGCGUCAAACAUCAAAGACCCCAUCGGUCGCACCCAGAUUCAAUUCCGACUUGUCUUGAAGGAUUCACCAUUAGAUUUCGCGCAUGAACAAAUAAUCUGUCAAGUUACGAAGGAGAAGCAAGUUCUCUACGACAUAACUUGGGAUCCCAAGGGCGGAUUAAGGUUCGAUAAGAAGCUUGUACCCAAUAGUACAGCACAAGUUGGCGAGUGUUCAUUCAACUCUGAUACUAUACGCUUCUUAGUGAAUCCUUUAUCAUCUGGCUCGUCCUUUCCUGGGUUCGAGGAACUUUCUGGGGAAAUAGAACGCAAGACCCAGAGAAAAAUUACUACUUUCUCCGUAUCGAAAGGCAUAAGGAAACUAACUUGGGUCAUGGAUGAGAAUUUUGAAAAGGAAAUGAAGUUAAAAGAGACAGAUACUCGUGGUGGGCAAAAAGAGCCCAGGAACACGGCAACUCUCAACCCAGCGGAUGAGAAAAUCGGAAGGUUUACUGUCUAUCGGUUGGAUCUCGACGAUGGGUACGACAAAACAGAGCAACUGAUUAUUCUUAUGGGUUUGAUGGCUGCAUAUGUUACCCCGCUUCGUUUCAAUAAGAAGCAGAAUACCAUUAGCUCUAUGUUUGGCUACCUUUCCAAGCCGGGCAUGAAAAAGGAACAAACAGAGAAAGUGCCGUAUAAAAAACGGAAGUGGUAUAACCGGCUUUGA